AUGUCUGCAGAAACUCCGUCGGAUACGACGUCAGCGCAAGAUGUCGCAGUGGAUCCCCCAAUUCCCACGCAGAGCAAAGAGAAGGCGGAGACACGGCCUGAAAUCAGUGCUGAAGAAGCAAAGCCUGCUGAACCAAAAAAAGUGAGUGUCACCUUGACGCCUGUGACGCACCCUGGUGUGGGGCUGCAUGACGACCCGGACAGCGCUGAUCCAGAGGAGGCGGAGAAGGCGUCGGAUCACGAUAACGCUAUGGAAAUCAGCGGCAUCCCGCCGAAUGAUGUGAAGAACAUCAUAUUGCAGGUUCUUAGUCCCUACUUUGAUGAUGAGGGCGGUGAGGAUGAUGCUCAGCGCUACGACCAUAUUAAAGCUCAAGGAUGGAUCCAGCUCAUUUGCGAUGGCAUCAUGGAGAAGCUGCUGGGAAUGCGCCGUCCGUACAAGUAUGUGGUACACUGCAUGAUUAUGCGGAAAUGUGGAGCUGGAAUUCAUGUGUGUUCCAGUUGCUACUAUAACCAAGCUGACGGCUGGGUUAAUCAUGCACAUGACCUCUCCGCACACAUUUACGCGGUAGUGACUGUCUACUGGAGUGUCAUAUAG